AUGUUCAUUGAGCCGCCCCCCUUUAACCUGUCCAAGGCGUUCGCAGACAGCAACUGCUGCGCGCCCCUGAUCUUCGUGCUCUCCCCGGGGGCCGACCCCAUGGCCGCCCUGCUCAAGUUCGCUGAUGACCAGACCCCUUCCCUGGGCAGGGACAUGGCCUCUGUGCUGAAGCAGGACCGGGAGCGGCUCCGGGCCAUGCAAAAGCAGCAGCCUCGCUUUUCGGAGGACCAGCGGAGGGAACUGGGCGCCGUGCACUCCUGGGUCCGGAAGGGCCAGCUGCCUCGGGUCCUUGAUGUGAUGGCCUGUGUGGACUGCGCUAGUAGCACCCAAAACCUUGGCCACCCUGAAGACCCACUCUUCUCAGGACUGGAUGGAUUGGGGCUGGAGCCCAUGGAGGAGGGUGGAGGCGAAGGUGGCUGUGGCAGUUGUGAGGAUGAGGGCAGAGAUGAGGCCCAGGCCCAAGCUGGGGCUGGGGUCUCAAGCUUUCAGGACCUGGCCAUGGAGGAGGAGGAGCAAGGUGGGAGCUCAUCCAGUCCAGCCUUACCUGCCACAGGAAAUGGCACCAGCUAAACUACAUCUGGAGGCCACCUCUAGGAGUACAUGAGAAGCUUCUUCCACAUCCAACUCUCAGAACUCAGAUGUGGCUGGACCAACCAAUAGCAAACUGUCCCAGCUUCUGCCGCUGUGGGGGCUGGACCCCCGUCACCAUCCGCCCAGAUCCAGGGGCUGCCUCUGGCCUCUAGGGCACAAAGGGUGGAACUCUCCAGAGAAGCCUCAGCUCCCACCCCUGUUGAGUCCUUUCUUCCCUGGACAGGGUUGCUGACAGGCUGCUGACGUGGCCUCUCCAAGUCCCAGCUGAGCCCUAGUCUUGGGAACUAAGGGUGGGGGCUGCACUUAUUUAUUGGGGAGGCAGUCCUCUCCUACCUCUUCCCCAGGUGGGAGAAGAAGGGCCCCGGGCUCAAGCAGGAGCCAGUGGUCCAAACCUCUAGCUGCUCCAGGGUGGGGGAGGGUGGUGGACCAUGGGGUCCCUGGUGCUGCCCCUCAGGGUGGGGGAGGUUGGUGGACCAUGGAGUCCCUGGUGCUGCCCCUCAGGUGGGACCCAGGCGUUCUCAGCUGUACCCUCUACCUAAGACAUUUGUGUUUUUGAUAUUGUGUCUGUUAAUAUUUUUAAUACAAAAAAUAAAAAUAAAACCCAGG